GCAUCAAGUAGUCAUUGCCAGCUAACACAACUGCCAGGCACUAGCAGUAUAUCAAACAUAUAUGGCAUAAAGUCUUGCUAAAAUAAAUUUACAACAAAAGUUAAAACGCAGGUAAAAUCCCAAACAAGAAGUUAUUCUUCACAAUCCAAAUCCCCAAAUCUAAGUUGCUAAGUAUGGAGAACGAGCAGCUGAAAGACCUGGACCAGUGGCUAACAGAGCAGCGCAUAAUCCUGGAUAUGAGAACUCGUCGUUUAUUCUCCGAUGUGUUGCCCGUGGCCAAGAUUGUCAAGCGUAGUUAUCCUCGCCUGGUGGAUCUGCACAACUAUACGCCCAAGAGCAGCGUGGUGCUGAAACUGGGAGACUGGGAGACCUUUAGCAACAAGGUUCUGAAGAAGUUGGGCGUCAAUGUGCCACGUUCGGUGCUGCAGAAAUUAUCGACAGCAGCACCAGGAGGUAUAGAAAAGCUGUUCCAUGAACUGAUGGCGGCGACCAAGUGCGGUAGUCCCAGACCAAGAUCCAUGUUGAAUGUAUCACCAACGCGUUCCCAGAAGAGCGAGGUGGUCAACAAGUUGGCUAAUAAGGAUUCUGUGAAACGCACCCUCGACCGAUCCCUCACCCAAGUGCUCGAGCGCUCUGCCUCCACUGAUAAUCCACCCAAGGUGCUGACCAUGGACGUAAAGGUCGUGGUCGAUGGACAGGUCAAGAAGGUUGCCAAAGAACUAGUGGAAUACGAAGACUACGCCAAAGCGGUAAGGGAGAGUGCCGAGAAGUCAUCCUACAUCAACUCCAUCGCCCAAAAGGUCGGCUACCUGGAGAGGAUGAUUGCCAUCAAGAAUGAACGCAUAGAUGAACUAAUGCUCCAAAUGGGCAAACUGUCGGCUAGCAUUCUUUCCAUACGAACUACGCCCAACGGUACCGAGGACGAAAUUGGGAAUUAGGGCCACCGACCACCUAGUAGCCUAUGGAUGGGGAUCCGCCAAGAUCCUAGCUCAUUUUGUAAUAUCAAAUCUCAGGCCCUGGGCUUUGAUUCAAGAACUUUUCACCUCAUGUUAUUGGAUAAAUCUGUACUAUAUAUUUUGUAUUUUAUUUUAA